GCAAACAGCCAAAAAAGAUGUUCAUUUAAAAACCCUUAGAGAUUAAAAAACGAUGUUUUUGGUUGGUUUAUCGAUUUCACACGGAUUGAUCGCGUUGGUUCCUGUCUCAGUACAUGGCGUGGUAUCCUGAAUAAGGGUCCCUCUUGUGACUCGUGUUAUUAUCUGGCUCGUUAUCUUAGGAGGUGGGACAGAUUUUAUACCUGUCAUUUGUGGCUUGCCUGGAUACCAUUAAUAUACAUCUUCAUCAGCCCUCGGGGAACUAACGAUUUAUUUGUUUUCCAUCGAGUGUUGGUGUGGGGAGUUUUGAUCCAAGUGGAACAGGCCGUUAUAAGGUAAAGCAGAAAGGUGCAAAUGCACUGUCGUAUCUGUUCAGGUUUGAUAAAUUUCCCGUCGACGCCCGCGGCUACAUAAAAACUAAAUCAUUAUUUAUAAAGAUAAAAGGCAAAUUGUGUGUAUGGUAAAUACCUAAGGACUUUUGAAGCUGCCUUUUCCUCGGAGUAUAAACAACCAACAUGAUUCCCGAGUCAGUCAGUGAAUCUGUGACAAAUGUCCCAGUACCGAACUAUCGGGAGGACUCGGACAUCAGCGUCCUUUUCUUCACGGCAAUGAAGAGGUUCCACGAAGAAGUGGAUUUCAAACCGGUGCUAAGACCUGUCAAUCACGAAGAUACAAUCGUGUGUUUCAAGGACUGUACAAAAAAGCGGUAUGUCAGCAAGACUUACUACGAACCGAGGGUAAAACCGAAGGUUUUCUCGGAAAGUAUGGUGAUAUAUCCGAAACGACCGGAACGGACAUUCGUGACUUUGUUGGAUUACCAUAUAGAGGAGUGUAGAAAGUGGUAUAAGACUACCUUGGAAUUCAGAGCCCGGACUUACACGAGCAGUAAGAUCAUGAAGGACAGUGGGUACGGUUCUGAUCUGGAUUCCUCGAGUGAUGAGGAAACAGAGACCAAACAAACAGACUCUGGACCCGGAGCGUCGUCAGUGUACAUCCCACGCUUUGACAAAUGGCAGUCAGAAACUGAGGACUUCGGGGAACUCGAAAAACAGAUUCUAGUCAAUGGUUAUGAUGAUUAUGAAUGCUAGGUGUAGAUUAAUUGUAGAUGAAUAAUUGAACCUGUAGCAUAAAUGGUACGUUAUGUUAUGAUAGUGUACAAGUGAGGAUUUCUUGAAAGGGUGUAGAAGAGUUGAAUGUUUUUUUUAUUUAUAUAAUCUGAGUUAAUUUUUAAAAAUAUUUUUAAUUGAACAGCGAACAUUCCAUUCUUCAGAUAACUCAAACUAUGUUGUGUGUAUUUUUACAUGUUGUAAAAUGUCACUUGAAUUUUUUAAAUACCGUACAAUCUUUGGAUAAAUAUCUUUGCAUAAAAUUCACAUUUAAACUGAUUAAUAAUGCUAAUUACUGUGUAAAACUUUACCUUGUUUGUUAUUAUCUGUUAU